CUAGCUCUAUGGACGUCCCUCUUUUGCGGCCAUUCCAAUGUAAUGCGCUUUCUUCGGUAUCAUGUACAUGUUUUUGGAAAUUCUCCGUGUCGGUUUUUGUUCGCUUCCUGCCUUCGCGUCCGCAAGUUUUCUGAAGGUUUGCUGCUCGUAGCAUUAGCGUUUUUUGCGGUCCGGUUCACUGGCGCGGCUCCCCCGUGGUCCCCUUCCGCGGGCGACCAUGAUGUGGAAAAACAGACACAGCGCGCGGAAGAAGACGCAGUCUCAGUCGCCGAGGCCUACCGUGCUUCCGUGGAUCGCGUUCGGCGACAGCAUGCGGGGUAUCGCAAAGUCCCGCAGGACCUCCUCCACGACAUGUUCCGCUCCGCGCACGAGCG